ACAGCAUCAGCAUCAGACGCUUCAGGAGGCAGAGAGAGAGAGAGAGAGAGAGCGAGGACACAGAGGAAAAGGGAAGACUGCAAGGAGUUGUUACCUUUCAUAAUUCUGCAAGCACAAACUCUAAACACUGGAAGAAACAAUAAUAAAUCCUUAGCAUUCAAAAUAAUUACAGAAGGACAAAAGUUUCCAGAGCUGAUUAGCAGACUUCGUGCUCCCUGACUCAUGUCUGCUCCAGCACCAGCCCAGCCCGGUGCCCCAGAUGGCCAGGCAGCCCCUGGUGGUCCUGGUGGUGGACCUCCUGGGCCACCACCCAACAUGACAAGCAACAGGAGACUGCAGCAGACACAGGCGCAAGUAGAAGAGGUGGUGGACAUUAUGCGAGUGAACGUGGACAAGGUCCUGGAGAGAGACCAAAAGCUCUCAGAACUGGAUGACAGAGCUGACGCAUUGCAGGCAGGUGCCUCACAGUUUGAAAGCAGCGCAGCAAAACUGAAACGGAAGUACUGGUGGAAAAAUUGCAAGAUGAUGAUAAUGAUGGGGGUGAUAUGUGCAAUCAUCGUUGGGAUUAUAAUCCUAUACUUCUGCACCUGAGGUGAUCCAGCAGCGAACCCUUAUCCUCACAGUAGCAUUAUAAGAUCCCUAAGGCAUUGUUCAUUUCCUAUUUUUCCUUUUAUUUCUGUCCAUUUCUAAGCACAGUCAUGAAGUAUUAUUGUCCCAGUUUAUUCUGGUCACCUUAACCAUCCCAUUUAACACUGCUGCAGUUAUGUGACCAGAAUUCUCAUUACUAAGAACAACAGGGAGCUAUUAUGAAGUUAUAGCAAUAGAACAAUGUGAAUGUGGGCUUUCAGACUGGGGUGGGGGUGGCAUGCAGGCCACUUUGAUAGCUUUGAAUUAAAUAUUUUGCAGGUCACAGGUUUUGGAUGGAUAUUUUAAGUCAUUUUCAAGAAGUAAGAAUGAAUUUUAGAUUUGAUGGACAGGGAAAGAGGAUGAAUUUAGUUCCACAGGGCAGAUGAAAGAGACAAAGGCUGGCAUUUUAUAGCCUGCCAGUCAAGUGAGGAUCUGACAGACAGACAGAAAGAAUCAAAGAAAAAAAUGUUCAAAUUUCUCUCUGGAAAGAGUUGAUACUUGUUUUGAAAUUUCUUGACAGGCAGGGAGUGGUGUAAAAAUACAACCUGUAGGGAAUGCUGGAAAGGGAGACAAUUUAAAUAAGUAUUUGAUCAUAACUACUUCAAACAAUCCAUGACUCUAAGCAACUUUUACAGAUCCUUGUAUUUCACUACCUUAGAUACCAAAUAGCAGUAUUUUAAUAAAAAUACAAAUGUUGACUCUGUAAACAUUGAUAUUAAAAGUAAAAUGCUGUACAGACCUUAAGAUCUUUCCUACAAAAAAAGAUUACAGAGGAAGGAUGGCUUUCCCGCCAACAUCAUUCAUUCUUGGUCCCACAUUGCACACCUGUAGGUACAGGACAUCUAUAGUCUAAAUGGUUUAUGUUUGUGUGUUAGAUGUUGGUGUGUUCAUUUUGGGAAGGGUUAUGCUCAAACAGAAUCAUCGGGCCAUUUUUAAUCCUUGUUUAGAAGAUGUAAUUAUAUUCACAUAUAGAACAAUGUCAUCAAUCUCUUUAGAAAAUGUCUAACAAACAAAAUCUAAUAUAGUAGGGGUAGGAGGCUAAUAAUUAAAGCUAUUACCCUUACUGACAUAUGAUAUUAGCCCCUGAUGUGUCUGCCUACCAGUCAAACGUAUUCAGAUGGGUCCCUAUCAGAUGAUCGAGUUUUCAGAAAUUCGAACUCCAUAUGGUCGAGACCAUAUGAUCGAGUUUUUGAAAACUUGAAGCUUUUGAAUGGAGAUUGCGGUACAGCGAGGAUCAGGAAAUUCUGAAGAAGUCAGCUGAUUAAUGCUGACGAAAGCUCUCAAUAAAACGUGGUUUUGAAUUUGGUGGUGUGAGAAGGUGCUUCUACUGGUUCCUUAUACAGUGUUUUGUGCUUUGUUCUUGGUUUUGUUUGAUCAGAAAAUUUACCUUUUUCCUCAUUGUGGUGCGAUCUCGAAGUUGGUGUAUAUAAUUUGCAGGGGGUGUUGGGGGCAAUUGUAAAAAGGCAGAUUUUUGAUGGAUUUUUUAUAUUGAAGUUUUCAGAAACUCAAUCAUAUCAUCUUUUCAAUAUUUUUUUUUUCGUUUCCGAAACGUAGAUCACCUGACAUAGACCCAUUCAGACACAUAUUCUGUCCACUGUCCAGCUGUGCACUGCUCAAAAACUACAUUGGCUGUCCACUUUUCAGCUAUGUUUCCUGCAUCUUGUUCACCUAAGCUAGUUACAGUAUUAAUUACUCUAAUCCAAGACAAGUAGCGGUCACAACAAGAUGAACCAAAUAAUGUUCAGUUUAAUAAAAAAAAAUGAAUUAAUAAACAAUCUUUCAGAGAAGUUGUGUUUUUUUAUCAAGUUUGUUAAAGCAAAGGAAGAGAGUGCACAAUGCUAGAGCAUGUUGUUGAUCAGCUAGUUGCUGGAGCUCCAACCGUAUUGUAAACGUUAUAGUCCCUGAGCUUUGAAAAUAGAAGACUACCUUUUGGGUAAAUACAAAGGAAGAAAUAAAAAUAUGAUAGAAAAAAUGAUUAGUCACUACAAGCUUAAACAGACCAUUCACCUGAAUUGUAUGAUCUUUCACCUAAACUGUAUGUACUUUUCUAAGAAGAUAUGUGUUUUUAAAUAACCUGCCAAAUGGAUUUUUUAUCACAUGUGUACCGAGUAUAGUGACUGCAAUGUGAUACGGUAAUGCAACAAAUCAGCUGACACAUUGAGAUGCAGCUGUAUAUAAAAGCUAGUCGUGUCUCACAGAAUUUGCAGCUUAAGGAGAAGUAAAGUGCAUUAUGGGAUAGGUGACCUGUAGCCACAGCCUGCAGAGCAAUGACACCACUAUUGUGGGGUUCCCACAUUGUAAUCAAGUGGUUGUGGUGCCUAUUAAGAAGUCUUCACCAUGCAGUCACUAGACUGGGCAGCCACUGCUCUUGAAGCUUAGAUUGUGUCUGCCCCACACAAUGUACCUAGUGUUUGUGGAACCUGUGUGGAAGCCUACACUGUAUACCCACAUUGUUAUACAACCGUUGCUUGUACAGCACACUAGGAAACUUGCAUUGUGCAUUUUCUAUACCAUGUGCCCAGUAGUUAUGCAUUAUAUGAGAACACCUACACUCUACAUUUGCCAUGCCACACAUCUAGCAAUCGUGAAGCACAUAAAGGAACUUGCUCUGUGUAUCACCCUUACCACACACCUAGUGGCUGUGCAGCUCAUAAGGAACCUUGCAUUUUGCAUUCCCCUCUGUGCAUUUUAGCAGUUGUGGAGUCCAAAGAAAAAACAAAAUGUAGAAACUUUGGAUCCUGCCAUCCACUGGUUUGGUUAUGAGAGAUUAAUUUUGGUCAAUGCAAAGUACAUUAAUGAGAACGGAAUGUCCUCACUUAAAUUUUAAGUUUUUUUUUUUUUGCCUUUAUCUGCUGAUUUAUAAAUGUUUACAGUAUAAAAAGCUGAUUAGUAUUUUAAACUUUCUCCAUUCCUGUGGUUUGGAAUUCAUUUCAGAAUAGAUAAAAUCUGUGUAAUGCAAUGAGGAAGGCAUAGUUAUAGAUAUAGAUAUGGAGUAAAGCAGUACUUUCCACCUCUGUGCAGGCAAACUUCCCUACAUUUGUAAGAAAUUAUUUUCUUAGGCUAUCUUACUGCUAGGCUGUUCUUCCAAGGGAGUUUUUUUAUUUUUGCUGCUUGACAUAGCUGGGCACUGUGAGCUCUAAGUGAUUAUUUUCAAGGCAGUGUUUCAUAGGAAGUGCCUGACAGUAGUAGGGUUUGAAUCUAUGAACUUCUAACUCAAAUGCUACUAUGCAGCAAACCCCUCCCAUCUUGACGUACACUGCCCCAUACCACUCACUCCAAUUUUAUGUGAGCCAGAGCUGUGGAAUGUUGUCACAUGCUCCUUUACCUAGCUCACAUCAGCAUCAUCAUAAUUUUACAUGAUCGAACAAAUAAAGGCACACGAGCAACUAGAUGUUACAGUUUCAACAUUUAAAGAUGUGUCAAUGGCAGAUAUCAUUGAGGGAGACAAAUAAGCUCGUGUUUUCAUGGAGACUGUUCAGCAAUGAAGUGAUUUUCAGUUAUUACCUGUUGUUAUACUAUAGAUUAAUGGUCACAUUUCUUCGUAAAUAAUAUAGCCAACAGCUGGUAGUUCUGAAGUUAUGGGACAUAGAACUAACAGAAUGUUUAGUCUGUGACGUACCAUAAAAUUUGAUUUCAUGGCUGGGCACAGUUAACAGAGGUAUCAGAUACCAUUACAAGGCACAAAGGAGACUUUUUUAUGCCUAGAGGCAGUGUUAGAGUGUUGCUUCUGCUGAGGGGCCCUUAGCAACUGCAGCUGUAUAUUUCUCAUCAGAGUAGAUGAGAACAGUAGAUGGAGUUCUCUUCCUUUGUGGUGUUUUGCAACCCAUUUGAAUAUGUUGAAGAGCUGCUGUUUUACUGAUGAGACAAUAACUUGCAUAUUUCUGAGACAUGCAAACAGUAACAGAGUCACCAAAUGUUCAUAAAACAGCAUAUCCCUUUCAUGUAUGAACUCUAUAAUGAGGUGAGUUAGUCCUUAAGUUUUCAUUAUGAGGAUUUAUGUAGCACCCUACAGCCUAGGUGACUUGAAAUGCUGUCUAGGAAUUUUGCCAGGACCCCUAGAAGAAGAAGAGACAAACCUUGUGGUGUAGUCAGAGUAGUUUGUUAUAAAUAAGACUGCAAGUUCCAUGUUAGCACUAUCUUAAUAUUAGGCCUCUUUUUUAUUUUCUUAGUCAAAAACAGACAAUAAAGUCACAAUUGUGGGAGUCAUGUGUGCUGGGGAAGGGCCAUACUCUUGACUGCCCCAUGUUAGAUAGCUUAUAUACUCCUGGUGAUAUGCUGUAACAUUUGUGAAGCUUGAGCCUGUUUGCACUGUCUUUUCCCACACUUUUUCCCUCUCAUCUACCUGCCUCCCUCCCUUUCCAUCAAAGGUAUUCUCUACAUAGCGCCAUCUGGAGCCCAAAAAUAGAAGUGUCCUUGCCAUGCCAGGAUCCAAGGUGGCACCGUGAUCCUUGCUUGAUGACGAACUAUGCGGAGUCAGUCUAUCUGAACGUAUUGUGUUUCUCAAGUGCAAUGUAUGAGAAAAAAUAACAAAAAUGAAAUUAAAAAAAAAAAGAAACCAAAAAAGUCAGAAGUAUUCUUGCCAAAUAUUUUUUUCUUUUUACAAUAUUCUAGAGACAUUAAAUGUAUUGACCACAUAUUUUAUUUUUGAACAAGCUGUGUAACAUGUCUGUUUUAUUUUGUGCCUGUUUUUGAGCACGUCUAAGCAGAAUAAAGUUUAACACUGCUGUAAGGCUACUAUUGCACAUAUAAUUAAUAAAGACAGUAAUGCCUGUUUCUUUUCAUUGAACAUUAUAUUAUGUAUUUGAUGUUGUGCUCUGUGUUUAAAAAAAAGAGAAAAAGAAAAAAAGGUAUAUCUUCUUCCGAACUAGUCUUUGAAUACCUGUUUCUGCUGUGUAACAUAAUUUACAGGUCAAAUGUUUGUUAAUGGCUUCUGUAAAAAAGAGAGAAUAUAGAACUGUAAAGUAAUAAAUUUUAAGCAUGUAUAAUUUAACUUAUACCAAAAAGAAAAAAGGAAAGAUCUGUGUUGUCGUCAAAAUGUGUUUUCAAGUACUCAAAUGGGAUUAUUUGUUGCUAUGGAGACAGCUUUAAGGCCCCUUAUGUUGUCUCUACAGAUCUUGAGUGUCACUGUUUUUUUUUGGUGGGGGGAUGUUGUAGGAGAGAAGAGCUUUAUUUUUUUAUUUUUGCACAUGUAGAUUUAAAGGUGGAUGUUUGUGGAUCUGCACACAGACAUGCACAUGCUGUGAUGUGCAAGAAUUUUGUUUUUGCAUAUAUAUACAUACAUACACAUACACAAAUGCAUGUGCCUGUUUUGACACAACUAUACAUGUGGUGUAUGUGUGUGUCUGAUUUAUGUUCAUUGAUAUGUACCCAUAUUUUAUGGAUGAAUAUCUGUACAUAAACGGUACAUGAUACUGUGUGUACUAGUACAUGCAGAUACAUGGUCAUCACUUGAUAACAGUAACUAUGUUUAAUUAUGGCCCAGAAAUGUAUUUUAUGUACCUCUGCUUAUCUGAAGUUUGCAGGCCACAGAAGCGGUUACUGUGGUGUGGAUUGCAAAGGAAGAAGCAACAGUCACUACCUUGUGAGCAGAUGCUGUUCUUACUUUGUUGACUGGCUUUCAGUUUCUCUUCCGUAUUCUGGAAGUCUUCCUGUUUAUUUUAUUGGCAUCACCAGCAACACCACGUUACAUUCGUAUGAGUGGUUCCUGGAAAGCCAUCACAAAUGACAGAAUUUUCUGCUGUUAUACAUGUAAGGGCCCCAGAGAAAUGUGGACCUUGUUGACUGUAGCUGCUUGCAACUUUAAGUGGUUUUGUUUGUGGCCUUUAAGAUCUGUUAUUUAGCACAAAGUGACUUUGGCUAUUAUUUUAAUUUUCUUUUUCUUUCUUUCUUUCUUUCUUGGAAUCUGCUGUUAAGAAAUGCAUUUUGGGGGGAGGGGAUUCAUUUGGCCUGUUUCUAGAACAUAUUCCUCCAAUAAUGAGAUAAAGAAAUGUAAUGUAUUCAGUAUUAACCUCUGGUGUAUAAAAUGUCACCUUACUAAGUGUGUUCACGGGUCAGGGGGUUAACAUACUCUAAAGUGGACUACAAAGAAUCAUUAGGUGGAAUAGGGAUACAGGCUAAAGUACCACUCCUGAGAGCUUAAGCAAUCUACCUCAUAAGGAGGGAAAAUGGUAGAAUUGCUUAAGAUUUUUGAAAGCAGUGCAGGAGUAAGGGUGGGGGAAAAUAAAAUUACUGCCUUUUUUUUUUUUGAGGUUGUUAUUUUGCUCCUCGGCUCUAUGUUUGUAAGAUUACAAGCUGCUGUUCUGUACUGCAAAACACUUGUACAAGUCAGAAUGUUAAUAAAUGCAAAGAAAGGUUGA